AUGGAACGAAGCCGAAGCUUUAAGAUUCCAGGAGCCGAGACAAACGAUCUAAGAAUCGCUCUUUACGAGCGCAAAGAAGUAGUGGAGAGGCUCCAAGAUGAGCUAAACGCAGAGAGAGAAGCAUCAGCCACGUCAGCUAGCGAGGCCAUGACAAUGAUUCUCAAGCUGCAAGGAGAGAAAGCUGAGCUGGCUAUGGAAGCUGGUCAGUACAAGAGAAUGGUCGAAGAGCAAAUGUCUCACGCUGAGAUGUCCUUUGCGCUUUUGGAGGAUUUGAUCUGCCAGAAAGAGAUCGAAGUCGAUGCUCUUGAGUACCAAGUCGAAGCUUAUAAAAGCCAGCUUCUAAGCUUGGGGUGUAGCGAUGUCACUAGCUUAGAAGAUGUUAACCUUCAAGAGGAUUUGUCAUUGUGUGAUAGAUCUCAAACACCGUCUCAAGAAUUGUUCGACGAUCUUUCGGUUCCCGAGGAGAAGGAAGUGAUUGAGCAGAGCUUGGAAUCAGGAAGACUUGAGAAGAAGGAUUCUUUAGAUGUGUAUUGGGAGCAGAUCAAGAAACUGGACGAGAAAGUGAAAGAGCUUACAGAGUUUAGAGAUUCCAUGCAGUACAAGACUUCUUUGUCUGAGUCUGGAAUAAACAAGGGAGAAGAAGAAGAAGAAGGAGAAGAUGUUGCAAGCUCAUCAAACUUUCAAGAAGACACAAAAAGAAAUGGGGAAGCAAAAAGUAAAAGUGGUGAGACUAUGGUGAUAAAGGUGUCAAAGCAGACGAAGAUGGAAAAGAAACCAUCUAAGCAGACAAGAGACAGAAGUGGUAAGAGAAACCGUGCAGAGUAUCAAGCUGAGUUGCAGCGUUUGAGACAGAGAGUAGAGAAGCUUGAGAGGGGAAAAACGAAGACAGAGCCUGAGACUAGUGAAGUGGUUAAGCGGGAAGAGAUUAUUCAAGUGAGUGAAGUGAAGGAGAGGAUAAGUUCUGUGCAAUCAUCUGAAGUAAAGGGGUUGAAGACAAUGGAGAAUGUACAAGAUUGGAUUGACCCAGCCAUUGUUUCUGUUCAAGAGGCAAUGCUUUACUUCUGGCUAUGA